AUGAGCAGCUACAAUCAUCGUUUCUCCAUCAAAACCGACUCAAAUGAUCAACAAACAUUGCAAUAUCUCUCCGCUGCCUGUAUAGCUCAAUGGGUCCAACAAAAGCCAAGUGCAAAGGCAAUCAUGACCUUGGAUGAUGGAGAUACCAUCAACUUGCCUGUGUAUGCUCUCAGACGUAGAAAUGCCGUCGUUGCUCAGUUGCCAGAUGCCCCUCUUAUUACUGCUUAA